GAGGAGGAAAGCAGAGCCCGCGGGAGCCGUGAUUCAGGGCUCCAGAGACUGUCAAUGCGUCAUCUGGGAUGGAGAGCAAGCCGUGCAUCUUUGAUCCCGGUCGCCAGGCCCGUGAACGCGCGCCACAACUCGGCCUUCGCCCCCAGCCGGUUUGCAGAGCUCGCCCGGCGUGAGACCUCGCAGCGCCAGAUCUACCAGUCGCGGUCGACGGACCCCUAUGUGAACCUGUCGAUCGAGCAUUUCCUGCUACAGAAUGCACCGGCAGAGUCGAGUGUGCUGUUUCUAUACGUCAACCGGCCGUGUGUGGUCAUCGGCCGCAACCAGAACCCGUGGCUGGAGACGAAUCUCGGCCGGUUAUACAACGACCGCAUUGCUAUGAGUAAUAACGCCUACAAUAAUACCAAUAAUGAACCUGUCCUGGUCCGCCGGCGGUCUGGCGGAGGCGCAGUCUUUCACGACGAGGGUAACCUGAACUACAGCGUGAUCUCGCCGCGUACCAGCUUCACCCGCAACAAGCACGCGGAGAUGGUGGUGCGAGCCCUGCAUGGUGUAGGAGCCACCGAGACCCGCGUCAAUGACCGACACGACAUUGUGAUGGAUGUGAUAGAGGACUCUCCUCCCCCUCCUCCUUCUUCUUCUUCUUCUUCUUCGUCGUCGUCGUCGCGCAAGAUCUCCGGCUCCGCCUUCAAGCUUACCCGCGCCCGCGCCCUUCAUCACGGAACCUGUUUACUCGACUCGCCGCACAUCCGGGACCUGGGAGCCUUCCUGCGUUCGCCUGCUCGCCCUUACAUUAAAGCCAAGGGCGUGGAGAGCGUGCGCUCGCCCGUGGCGAACGUGUCGGCGGCCUUCCUCGACGCCCCUGGGCUUUUCUCCAUGAAUGGCGUUGUGGAGGGGAUCAUCGCCCAGUUCGCCGCGCUGUACGGCGUUGGAAAUGAUGCGAUACUUCGGGCCUCGCGUGCCUCCCACCUUGAAGGUCAUGAGUCGGAGCUCUUCGCAGGUAGGGACUGGGUGGUCGGAACAGUAGGAGAGACGCAAGCCUCUGAGCCCGAGAUUCAGGCUGGAAUCAACGAACUUACAUCUCUUGAGUGGAAAUACACCCAAACCCCGCAAUUCACCUUUUCCACUUUUCCCACCGCCGACGAUCCACGCGAAAGAUCUGCUCUACCUUCAUAUCUCCCAGAAUCAACACGCGUCUUCCUCCGCCUCAAACACGGCGCCAUCAUCGAAAGCGAGAUCUCUCUAUCCGCUGAUCCGGCUGUCGCUUCGAGACAGGCCGACGCCGUCCACGACGCCCUGAAUGGACAGAGCCUGCACAAGCUGUCGUCUGUGACCGAGUGGGUGCAUGUUCUUGAUCGGUUGGCUCUUUCUCCUCGUCAAUCAGGCGAUCUGGACGACGAUCUCAUACGCCGAUUGGCAGGCUUUCUUGCAGAGCAAUUCGGAUGUUCUUAGCAUAUUAUUCUGUAAAUCACUCAUGUACACUACCAGACUACAAAAUUUUAGAAUACUUCACUACUCAUACUAUCAUAUGGCUCAAUCUAGGCAUGUAUGAAUGGUUUCCAGGUGAUGUCUUGUGGUAUAUUCCAAAAAAAAGAAAAAGAGACAAACAAAAAUGGGUAUGUAGCUGUUGCCUGUCAAGUACCUAGUAGA